AUGAGUCAUAGAGUUCAAUUGCUUCUGGGAGCAUACCAUAUGACAUUUCCUUUGAAAAGUGUUGACAAAACGAUUGAGAUGAAAUCUGUUCCAUACGUAUGUUAUGGUAAUUGUUUGUACAUUGAGUCAAAAAUAGCUAAUGUCACAGGUAUUUCAGGAGUUAAUAGUAAAGGUUCAGUAGAAUAUAAAUCCUUCUGUUAUGCAGUCAAUUCAAUGUUCAUUCCAAAUGUUCCUGUCAUAGCAACUCAUUUAGGUAAAUGGGUUCGCAUUAGUCCUCAUAAUUUGAAAGACAUGCAAUUCAGACUUGUUGAUUUUCAAGGAGAGCCUGUAGAACUGAAGGCACCAGUGCGAAUGACUGUUGAAGUUGACUUUUUAGAAAAUAUUAAAUGCAACAGCUUACAAGAGAACUCAGAGCUAAAAAUAUAA